UCUUCGUCUUCUUCUUCUUCUUCUUCUUCAUUUCCCAAUCCCACGCCAGUCCACUACAGAACAAGUCUCAAUCUCUGGUUUUGGGCUUGAUCCAUUCCAGAGCCAUCUUUUCUCCCCCAUUAAUGAAAGCCUCGACAGCUAAACUGACUUCUGAAACCUUAGACAUGAUGGAGCCGCUCAGAGAAGUCAGAGACGGCUAUCUAAUCUCCCUAACUCUGGGCACCCCGUCGCAGGUCGUCCCGGUCUACAUGGACACCGGCAGCGACCUCACCUGGGUUCCAUGCGGCAACCUCUCCUUCGACUGCAUGGACUGCGACGACUACCGAAACAACAAGUUAAUGGCCACUUUCUCUCCUUCCUAUUCCUCUUCUUCCUCCCGAGACUCCUGCUCCAGUCGCUUCUGCAUCGACAUUCACAGCUCCGACAACUCCCUCGACCCCUGCGCCAUCGCCGGCUGCUCUCUCACCACCCUUCUCAGGGCCACCUGCUCCAGGCCCUGCCCUUCCUUCGCCUACACGUAUGGCCAAGGCGACGUCCUCGGAUCCCUAACCAGAGAUACCCUCAAGGUCCAUGGAACCAGCCCUGGAAAAACCUGGCAGAUUCCCAAUUUCUGCUUCGGCUGUGUCGGCUCAACCUAUAGGGAGCCGAUUGGAAUCGCAGGAUUCGGAAGAGGCCCGCUCUCUCUUCCCUUUCAGCUAGGGUUUCUUCAUAAGGGUUUCUCGCACUGUUUCCUGCCCUUCAAGUUCGCCAACAACCCCAACAUUUCGAGCCCGUUGGUCGUCGGAGAUGUCGCCGUUUCCGUGAAAGAGAAUUUGCAGUUCACGCCGAUGUUGAAGAGUUUCGUGUACCCUAACUACUACUACAUCGGGCUGGAGGCAAUAACCGUCGGCAACGGCAGCGCGGCGGCGGAGGUGCCGCUGAGUCUUCGAGAGUUCGACUCGUUCGGCAAUGGCGGGAUGCUGAUUGACUCCGGCACGACGUACACUCACCUGCCGGAGCCACUUUACUCUCAGCUUCUCUCGGUGCUGCAGUCGCUGAUAUCAUACCCUCGCGCCGGCGACGUGGAGGAGAGAAGUGGAUUCGACCUCUGCUACAGGAUUCCAUGCCCUAACGGCAGUGUGGCUGACAAGGUUCCUCUGCCGGCGAUAACUUUGCACUUCUUGAACAACGUGAGUUUGGAGAUGCCGCAAGGGAACCAUUUCUAUGCCAUGGCGGCGCCGAGUAACAGGACGGUGGUGAAGUGCUGGCUGUUCCAGAGCAUGGAGGAGGGGGAGGAGGGGCCGGCGGGCGUGUUCGGGAGCUUCCAGCAGCAGAAUGUGGAGGUCGUGUAUGAUUUGGAGAGGGAGAGGAUUGGGUUUCGGCCAAUGGACUGUGCUACAGCUGCGGCUUCUCAAGGCCUUCACCGAACGUGACUCCAAUCCAUCCAUCCAUCUGAGGUUUGUGGAUCGAUGUGGAUUCGGAUUCGGAUUCGGAUAAGUUGGUGUUGUACUGUUGCUUUCUGUCUUUUUUGAGUAUUGUGGGUGCGUGCGUGCUUGCUUGCUUGGGGUUGGGGCAACCCACCCUUAUUAUUAUUAGAUUUCUGCUAUAAGCUCUUAAUUUGGUUCUAAAUUACAUAAUA